CUGAACGCAGCGCGUACUUCCUCCAAAAUGGCGGCUCCGGAGUUGUGUGGUUUCUUCUUGGAGAAAAAGAAACGGUUCUGUAAAAUGAUGGUGAGCCGAGGAAGAAGGUUCUGUGGAGAACAUGCGACCAUGGAGGAAGGAAACAGCAGCAGGAGAAUAGUGUGUCCUCUUGACCCCAAGCACACUGUGAGUGAAGACAAACUGGACAAACACCUGAAGAAGUGUAACUCCAGAGAGAAAGAGAAACCCGUUUAUUAUGUGGAGAACAUAAACGCUGGAUCCGCCGAUGGAGACGAGUGUCAGCAGCAGGUGAGUCUGAGUGAGCUGAGCCGGACGGAGUUACGCUCUCUGCUGGACAAACUGAGGACUGCAGUCACAGAUCUGCAGUGUAACGUGGAGGACAGCGUAAUGUCUCAUCCUGCCCUCCAGGGGGAGCUUAAUAACCCAAAGAAUGGAGACUCAGCCCAUAAACACCUGAAACAGCAGUCUUCUAUUCUAGGUCACCUAGAGGAGCUGGGGCUGCUGGGAGGGGGGCGAUGCUAUGUGGAGUUUGGCGCAGGUCGAGGGAAACUGUCUCACUGGAUCCACGAAGCCCUGAAGACCUGCAAGGACCUGCAGCUGCUGCUGGUGGAGCGCUGUAGCACCCGCUUCAAGGUGGACGGGAAACAUCAGGAUGUUGGAGUUAAGUUUGAGAGGCUGCAGGUUGACAUUCAACAUCUGGAUUUAAGUAAAGUUCCUCUGCUCCGGAAGAAACAUCUCCCAUUAGUCGGAGUCGGCAAACACCUGUGUGGAGCAGCGACAGAUCUGGCUCUGCGCUGUUUGCUGGAAACACCAGGACUGAGAGAGGAGACUGAACCACCACCAAAACGCCUCAGAACCUCAGAACCAGCUGCUGGUCCAGACACAGGUUCUGUCUUGAAUGAUACAGGACUAGUUUCUGAUCCUGGUCCUGCAUCUGGUGCUGUCCUUGGCCUGGCAGUGGCGCUGUGCUGUCACCAUCGCUGUGAGUGGCGCCACUACGUGGGUCAGCAGUUCUUCUUGCAACAAGGACUCGGAGCUUCAGAGUUCUCCGCUUUCUGUCGAAUUUCCAGCUGGGCCACAUGUGGACUCAGACCGACCAAUCAGGAUGCAACCAGGCCGGGAGGAGACGAGGAGGAGCACGAAGCCGCAGAGGAGACAGAUGCUGUGAACGGGUUUUUGUCGGCAGCUGAACGGGAGCAGGUCGGUCGACUCUGUAAACUUCUUAUCGACAGCGGCAGAGUUCACUUCCUCACGACUAAAGGAUUCGACAGCAAACUGAGUCGCUACGCCGACGCUCAGGUGACCCUGGAGAACGUCCUGCUGACCGCCGUGCCCUCACCGCGACCUCUGUCCUGAGGUCAGGUUCAGGGAUUGAGUUCAAUUUCCAGUUUUAAAUUUCCAGUCAUAUAAAAUAAAGAUCAAGACUUUUUAAAAUGUCA